UGGUCCUGGCCUCGCUUUGAAGGAUGUUUGAUGGCGGCUGCCAUCUUCCGUCUCCAAUUUAGCCCGAGAGGACCGAAUAUCCACCAUCGCGUCGCGAUUGGCACCGGUAGCUAGUUUCCUGCAACCCUAAAACGGUACAAGUCGGAUUACACAGUUCUGGUCAGUCAUCAAGUGAAUAUUCCGCUUGCAUCGGACCUGAGCCUAGGUGCUUGUGAAGUGGGCUGUGUCAGAUUUGAAGACUGAUAUUGUGGAACACUAUACUACUCAACCAAGAUGCCCGCGGUAAAAGGAGAGGGAAUGAGGGGCUUAGCCGUUUUCAUUUCUGACAUUAGGAACUGUAAAUCUAAAGAAGCUGAGAUGAAGCGGAUAAACAAGGAGCUUGCAAAUAUUAGAAAUAAAUUCAAAGGCGAUAAGCAGUUAGAUGGUUACCAAAAGAAGAAGUACGUUUGCAAGCUUCUGUUUAUAUUUCUUCUUGGCCACGAUAUCGAUUUUGGUCACAUGGAAGCCGUGAAUCUGCUAUCGUCUAACAAGUAUACGGAAAAACAAAUCGGGUACCUUUUUAUCUCAGUCCUUGUGAGUGCAAACAGUGAACUCAUCAAGCUGAUUAUCCAAAGCAUCAAGAAUGACUUGUCCAGUCGCAAUCCCAUCAAUGUCUGUCUUGCUCUACAAUGCAUUGCAAACAUUGGCAAUGAGGAGAUGGUAGAGGCAGUCGGCAAAGAAGUCCCCAAGUUAUUAGUCUCCCCCGACACUAAUGACAGUGUGAAGCAGUGCGCUGCACUCUGUGUUCUGAAACUCUUCAGGCUUAAAACAGAUAUCUUGCCUCCUGGAGAGUGGACAUCAAGAAUAGUUCAACUGUUAAAUGAUAAGCAUCUGGGUGUGGUAACCUCAGCAGCCAGCCUUAUCCAUGGAUUUGUCCAUUAUUUUGCGGACGAGUACAAGGGUUGUGUUCAGCUGGCAGUCUCAAGACUUAGUAGGAUUGUGACAUCAUCUUACACGGACCUUCAAGACUACACCUACUACUUUGUUCCUGCUCCAUGGCUUUGCGUCAAGCUUAUUAAACUUCUCCAGAUGUACCCUCCUCCAGAUGACCCUGCUGUCUUUGGGAGGCUAAAUGAGUGUUUGGAAACCAUUCUCAACAAGGCUCAGGAACCACCCAAAUCAAAGAAAGUUCAGCAUUCAAAUGCAAGGAAUGCUGUCCUCUUUGAAGCAAUCAAUUUGAUUAUACACAUGGACAGUGAGCAAAGCUUGUUGAUAAGAGGCUGUAACCAACUGGGUCAAUUUUUGACACACAAGGAGACCAACUUGAGGUAUCUUGCUUUGGAAGGAUUGUGCUUGAUGUCAAAUUCUGAGUUUUCAGUUGAUGCAGUUAGGAAACAUCAGGAGACUGUUGUUGGAGCACUGAAGACUGAACGAGAUGUCAGUGUACGUCAAAGAGCUGUUGACCUCCUCUAUGCCAUGUGUGACAAAAACAAUGCUGAAGAGAUUGUUUCUGAAAUGUUAACUUACCUGGAAACUGCUGAUUACUCCAUCAAAGAGGAAAUGGUGUUGAAAGUGGCAAUACUUGCAGAGAAGUUUGCAACAGAUUAUUCCUGGUACAUGGACACUAUCCUUACACUUAUAAGAAUUGCUGGGGAUUACGUCAGUGAAGAGGUUUGGUUUCGUGUGAUCCAAAUAGUGAUAAAUCGAGAUGACAUCCAGGGCUAUGCUGCAAAGACAGUGUUUGAAGCACUGCAGUCUCCAUCAUGCCAUGAGAACAUGGUCAAAGUUGGUGGCUACAUUCUUGGAGAGUUUGGAAAUCUUAUUGCAGGAGACCCAAGGUCAAGUCCCAUGGUUCAAUUCCAGCUGCUGCACAGUAAGUUUCCACUUUGCGCAUCCUCCACAAGAGGCCUGCUGAUGUCAACAUACGUCAAGUUUAUUAAUCUCUUCCCAGAGAUCAAGGGAUACAUCCAAGAGAUUUUGCGUAGUGAUAAUAACCUCAAAAAUUCUGAUGCUGAGAUCCAGCAGAGAGCUUUGGAGUACUUAAAGCUUAGUACUGUUGCAUCUCCAGAUGUUUUGGCUACUGUUCUUGAAGAGAUGCCACCAUUCCCAGAACGUGAGUCUUCCAUCUUAGCAAAACUGAAGAAAAAGAAGCAGGAGAAAACAGGAAUCAUUGAGAAAGAAGAGAAGACUGAACCAGUGGAAAAACCAACUGCUAAUGGCCAGGUUCCUGUUACUAUUAACGAGGCUCCUGCCCCCAAUCCAGCCCUACAACCAGACCUGCUGGGUACAGAGACAAUAGUUUCAAAGCCUUUGACAAAUAACUUUGGACCUCCCGAGACAGGAGGAGGUGGCCUUCUUGUAGACGUGUUUGAGAUGCCUCCAGCCCCCAUGGCAGGGAGUGCUCCAUCCAUAACCCCAGGGGCAGAGGAAAAUCUCAAGAAAUUUGUGUGUAAAAACACUGGGGUUCUUUUUGAAACUGACAUCCUACAAGUUGGUAUCAAAUCGGAAUUCAAAGACGAUAAAGGGGCUCUUGGUGUGUUCUAUGGCAACAAGACCUCAUCCCAGUUUGUUUCAUUUUCUUCCAUGGUCCACUUGCCGGGAGAUCUUAAUACUCACAUCAAAGUUGACACCAAUUCUCCUCCAAACAUUGUGGAGGGCGGAGCACAAGUCAAACAGAUGAUAAAUGUAGAAUGUAUCUCAGAAUUCAAAGACCAUCCACUCAUAGAUCUUCAAUUCGGUGUGAACGGCACGAGCCAAAGAAUUGUCCUUCCAGUCCCACUGUUUCCUUCCAAAUUCUUCGCGCCGACAGAUAUGAACUCGCAAGACUUCUUUUCCAGAUGGAAACAAUUGGGAAACCCGGAUCAAGAGUGCCAGCAGAUUUUUAAGGCUAAGUUUCCAAUUGAUACAGAGACAAUUAAGACAAAGCUCGUUGGCUUUGGAGUUUCCCUACUUCAGAAUGUAGACCCUAAUCCGGAGAACUUUGUGUGUGCCGGUAUAAUUAAAGGAUCAACCGUUCAAAUAGGAACACUGCUUCGACUAGAACCUAAUAGACAAGCUCAAAUGUUUAGACUGACAAUAAGAAGCUCAAGACCACAUGUAGCCACAACUCUAGUAGAGUUAUUGGUAGAUCAGUUUUAAACCUGUUUUCCAGGUAGAGAGAUUCGCACGGUGCAUCUGUCAUAAUACAGUGCAUCUGGAGUAAACCAGUCUUUUUGUGAACCAUUGGGGAGAUCAUUUUGAUCAGCCCAUCUACUUCAUUAUCUUCUGAUGCCUUACAUGUGUUGUAAUAUACAUGUGUUGUAAGAGAGCUUUACCAUUGACUUAAGACUGUAAUUUAGUUUUUGACGUAACACUUUCUUAUAAACCCCGUGAAUCUCCUGUAGUGUUCCUUAGCCAAUCAGAGCGAGGGUGAGGGCGACUUCUUUUCCUGUGCUGUGGUUGGUUAAGUCUUCAGUUUUAGUUGUGGCAUGUUGCCAUUUCCUCAGUUGAGUAAAGAAGGAAAAAUUAUCAGCCGAACAAGCAAGGUAUGAUCAUUUAGCCUGCGCUUUCUUAAUAAUUGCGAGCUUGUAACACAAAACAGUCCGCCUGAUUU